CCGAGUAGGAUACCGCAGUAUGUUGCACAUGCACUGAAGGAAAAAGAGACUGUGGGAAAGGAGGAGAAGGAGAGAGACGGAAAAGUGCAUACGCGUCGCGCAAGUAUGGCGGUAAUCCUAUCAGCUGAUAGCGUCCGUCGUUGGGAUGACGGACCAGAUUUUGGUUAAUCGGAUUAGAUUAUAGCAAGUACCCCUCCUCCAUCGCCGUAGAUGACCGCAGGUUGCGUGUGCUGCUAUUUUACGCUACGUAUCUACCAGUAUAUAUGAAUACGAAUGACGCAUAGACGCAUAGGAUGCUGAUGCACCUCGCAUACGAGACACUACGACACCAGGAAGGAACCGACAACAAGUCAGUCACGUCGUUGACAAGCGGUGGAGAAUCCGCGGGAAUGUCGCAAGGUGUAAACAGGACAUCGUCGAGUCGGAAACUGAAAGGUUAAGAACCUCGACCUCGACUUGACUACGUUUGAGAGAGAAACCGCGAGAGCGAGUCCGCUUUGAUCGCGGAUCAAUCUGUGAUGAGCGACUCCGAACAGCGGCAAUUGCACGUGCCUUAUCGAGAGUACCACAGUCAGAACAAUACCAGUCCCGCGGUCACUCUCGUGGAGACCGAUGCGCUGGUGGAUCUGUCCAUCGGCAAUCACCAUCAGCGCCUAUCGUCGCAGAACGAGCGACAGUCGCCGGCGGCGCCGCCGCCGCCACCGUCAUCGGGGGACCUCCUACCCGACGUCGAAUUCAUUCCCGGUUUGAGCAACGACCAAACCCUAGCCAUAGAUUCCUCCGGGAUCGACCGGGAGAGCCAGCCUCUCCUCGGUCGUUUGGAGCUCGACGUUACGUUCAACAGAUUUCCAGAUGAUCCACAGUUCACGGAACUGGUGUGGCAGGCUGAGUGUGCAAUAGACAAUGGGGUUUAUCCAGAGAGGAUAUACCAGGGUUCCAGUGGUAGUUAUUUUGUCAAAAAUCCUGCAGGGAAAAUAAUAGGUGUAUUCAAGCCAAAGGACGAGGAGCCCUAUGGCAGAUUGAAUCCAAAGUGGACAAAAUGGAUGCACAAACUUUGCUGUCCUUGCUGCUUCGGCAGGAGCUGUCUCAUUCCAAAUCAAGGAUACUUGAGCGAAGCGGGAGCCAGUCUGGUCGAUCGUAAACUAGGCCUCGGCAUCGUACCAAACACUAGAGUAGUGAAACUCGUCAGCGAGGUAUUCAAUUAUCCACGUCUGGAUCGUCAAAAGGCACGCAUGAAACAGGCUAUCAUGGAUCAGUUUCCUACAGUGGGAUCGCAUUUCAAUCGUAUUGGUUUGCCGCCAAAGGUCGGUUCCUUUCAAGUCUUCGUAGACGGUUACAAGGACGCUGACUAUUGGCUGAGGCGAUGGGAAAACGAAUCCAUGCCGGCGCACCUGAGUCGAGAAUUUCAACUUCAAUUCGAGCGGUUGGUUAUUCUGGAUUAUAUCAUCAGGAAUACAGACAGAGGUAACGACAACUGGCUGAUCAAAUAUGAUACUAGCGUCAGUAAAAAUGGAUCUGAGCAGGGUGAGGUGAAGAUUGCAGCAAUCGACAACGGCCUGGCUUUUCCUUUCAAGCAUCCGGACUCUUGGCGGGCGUAUCCUUAUCAUUGGGCAUGGCUGACUCAGGCAAAACAACCGUUUAGCGAGGUCACGAGAGAACUAGUUCUGCCGCAACUCUCGGAUCAGAACUUUGUACAGGAUCUUUGCGACGAUCUAUAUCAAUUGUUCAAACAAGAUAAGGGCUUUGAUCGUCAUCACUUUGAUAGGCAAAUGAGUGUGAUGCGUGGUCAGAUCUUGAAUCUACAACAGGCCUUGAAAGACGCCAAAAGUCCUGUACAAUUGGUACAAAUGCCGGCUGUAAUUGUGGAAAAGGCCAAAGGAAACGGCGCUCCUAGGUUGUUUUCGUUCUCUGACACGUUUACUCAGCGCUUCCAAAACAAGAGUCCAUUCUUCUCCUGGUGUUGAAGAUAGGAGUUGAAUCAAGUGUUUGUGAAUCAGUGUCAGUCAAAUGAUGGAACUGUCCCAUGCGUCGCGCGAAUAAUGUGUAAUUAAUUAUUUUUCUAAGUUUAUUGUAUUACACAUUUCUACCUCUCUUUUAUUUUAGUGCGACUGCAGAUUAAUCAAGAGGAGAUGGUUAUCACAU